AUGCUGGACGAGCAACUCCCCCGAUCUACGUUCUUCACCCUCCCCUCUUCUCUUCCUCCCUCCCCCUUCGCUGAACUCACCCUCCUUUUUUACCGAUCUCCUGUGGUCAACAUGAGCUCCGUUGAUGCGCAAGCGCUGGGGGCGCUGAAGGCUACGAUGGGCAUCACGUUCACCACGUGGGCGCCCGCCACCUUCUGCACCGUGGCGCCCACCGCCAUUGUCGCCGGCACGUGGGAUGGCGUGCAGUGCAACUCUUUUGGCAAGGCCGUUGCCCUCGCUGCCCUUGCACUCGCCCUUGCUAUCGUCUGCUUCCACCGCCAUCGACCCUCUCGUUUUGUUGCUUCAGCGUCCACAUGUAGGGUGGGCGGAUCUUCAGCUUAUCGCUUUCCUGCCUCCCCUCUUUCCACUUCUCUCCCACUGGCUUGUGUGUGCCCCACCUUACGUCUCGUCCUCCAGGAAUCUCCCCAGCAGCAGGCUCACGGGCACGCUGUCACUUGCCAUCUCCAGCCUCGUUGGCCUCACCGCCAUGUGAGCCCGCCCCCUGCAUGCCCGCCUGCAUGGCCCCCUGCAUGCCCGCCUGCAUGGCCCCCUGCAUGCCCGUCUGCGUGCCUGCCUGCAUGCCCGCUGUUUCUUUACUCCAACCUGGACUACAACUGGUUCUCCGGCUCCGUGCCUGCCUUCAUGCUCACGCUUCCCAGCCUCACCGAUCUCUCCGUGGGUUACAACUACCUCACGGGUGCGCUUCCCCCCGUGACAUCGCCGCUCUCAUCGGUGAACGUGCAAUUCAACUUCCUCGCCGGCACCUUCCCCACGCUCACCCUCAUCCUCUGCGCCGCACGCAUGAACUGCUUCCUCGACGCCACCAAGUGCAAGAACCCCGCACGUGCCGCCGAGCUCCCGCGGGCCACUGCCGCAUGCACCAUCUGCAACACGACCAACGCGCAGGGGCGGCUGUGCAACGGCGGGGUGUGCAUCGUCAACGCCACGGACCUCGUCGCUCUGGGCGCACCCAACAGUGCCGCAUCGCCCUCGCUGCCGCUCAUCUGCACUGGCGCUGCGUUUGUGGCGAUGGACACGGUCCAUGCGGGCGCCAUGUUGAACCUCAAGGCGUCGCUGGGAGUGACCUUCAGUGACUGGAAGGCUGACUCGCCCUGCUCCCUGCCUGACGGCGUCGCUGCUGUGUCAUGGAGUGGCGUCAGCUGUGACGGCACCGGCAAACUGCUGAGCAUAGUGCUCAACGCGCAGAGGCUGGCAGGCAGCAUCCACUCCGGUAUCUCCAAGCUCACCACGCUCACGUUGAUGUCAGUCCUCGCACCCUCCUUCUGCCACCUCUCGUUCUCACCACCUCUCGUUCUCACCACAUUGCACUUUGCUCCUUGCACUCUCUCUCUCCUCUCCGUGGCUGUGCCCUGCAGCGACCUGCAGUCCAACCUGCUGCAGGGCCGCUUGGACUCCUUUGUUGCCGCCAUCAAGGCGCCCCUCGUGCUCAAGGAGCUUGCGCUGCAGUUCAACUACCUCUCGGGGCAGUUCCCCUCCACGCUGCUCGCCCUCACCACGCUCUCCAAGCUGUCAGUGCUCUGCACCACCGUGCUCUCCGCUCUCUCCCUCGCCCCACACCACCCCUCCCCUCCAAUCGCAUCCCAUCUCUCUCACACACACUCUCUUCCCUCCCAUUCUUGUCUUUCCUUCCCUUGUCCCUCCUCGGUCCCCACCCACCCCCACCCCAACCCUCCACUCCCCUCCCAUGCCCUCCCCUGCUCCCUGCCCCCCAGCUCUGUGGCCUACAACUACCUCACGGGCACCUUCCCAGCAGUGCCAGCGUCGGCCAAGUCAGUGGACGUGCAGAGCAACUUCCUCUCAGACGCCUUCCCCACCAACACACUCACCUACUGCGCCGCCACCUCCAACUGCCUCAUAGAUGCCUCCAAGUGCGCCUCGCUCGGCAUCUCCCAGCGCACUGCGGACGACUGUGCCAUCUGCGGCACCACCAGCAGCCAGGGCACGCUGUGCGGCGGCGUCGCCUGCCUCGUCAACACCACCGGUGUCACGGCGACCCCCACUGCCACAUCGCCCCCCCUCAACCUCUACUGCACGCCUGUUGCCAUGGACACCAACACCACCACGACACUGCUGGCACUGAAGGCGGUGUUAGGGGUGACGUCCACGGACUGGGCGGCCACAACAGUGGUGCUGCAGCCCAAGGCACUGAGGAGCGCCAGUGUGCCCAUGGCCACCACGGUGGGCGCGUGCACGGUGGAGGGGCAGACCCCUGCGCCCGGCUCCUGGACCGGCGUCUUCUGCAACUCCGCUGGCGCCAUCGUCAGCCUCGCCCUGCAGUACAACUGGUUCUCCAGCUCCAUCCCCUCCGCCCUCCUCGCCCUCCCUGCUCUCUCCACCGUCAGCAAGUUGAACCGCAACUACCUGACGGGCGUGGUGCCGGCAGUGGGCGCAGCGGUGAAGGCGCUCAACGUGGCGGGCAACUUCCUCUCGGGCUCCUUCCCCACGGCCGCCCUCACGGCGUGCAACGCGCGCUCCAACUGCUUCGUGGACGCCACCAAGUGCGCCAACACCAACGGCACCGCGCAGCGCGCCUCCGCCGACUGCAACGUCUGCUUCUCCUCCGGCGCUGCCGGCGCGCUCUGUGGCGGCGGCUUCUGCAUGCCCGAUGCCACCGUGCCGGCCGGCACCGCCACGCCCAACACGGAGGAGGGGCAUGCGCUGCUGCCCAUGUUCUACCAGGGCGCUCCCAUUGAGAUCAACAUGCGCGGCGCCAUGCUCAACCUCAAGGCGUCGCUGGGGGUGACGUUCACGGACUGGGCUGCUGCGUCGCCGUGCACCAUUGCAGGGCAGAGCCCCGUGGUGGGCGCGUGGUCCAAGGUCGUGUGUGACACCGCCGGCAAGGUCAUCAGCAUCGACCUCACAUCUCAGCUGUUGAAGGGCAGGAUGCAUGCUGACAUCACCAAGUUCACCACUCUCACCUCCCUGUAA